CGAAAUCAUUAAUUUCGCGCCAGCUCGUGGUGAGGAGAUAUAUAUUCUCUAGGAAAUUUUACAAAUAUUGCAAAUUCAGGGAAGCGAAAAAAAGCGCUGAGAUCCUCGAGAGUCAAUCAUGAAUUUCCGUGACGUGAACAAUUUCCAACUUGGAAGCGCUUUUUCACGGAGCUUGCGCUAGAGAACAGGAUUCACAAUUGUUGGUACGCCUGUUAAUUUCAGAAAUGGCCGCAGCGUGCGAAUCCUCAUCGUCAGGUACGUUUCGCGAUGACGAUUCAUAUGUCACGCGAGGUCUCGACAUGACGACACCGUAUAUUUCCUGCUCGUGCAACCGCGUGCCUCACUGCGCGGACUGGGCCAGCAACAACGGUCUCGUUUGCUUCGGUGCGUGCAACGCAGUCGCGAUAUACGAUCCGCGCAUCGGCCGCGUCGUGAACACACUGCACCGGCAUCGCGACCGCGUCAGCACGGUGCAUUGGAUAAGACCGAGAGACGGCACGCCGGAGACCGAGUUGCUGUCCUGUUCCGUGGACGGCACCGUGAUCAUCUGGAGCAAGGAUUUCCGUUCCUUCCGGGACUCCUCGACAUUGGAUGUAGGCUGUGCCGUGACGUUCGCGGAUUCCCUUAGGUUGUUGACCGACGAUACAAAUACAUUGCUUUAUCCGAGGCUGUUGAUAUGCGUCGGUACCGGCAACGAGUUGAAGGUAUGCUCGAGGGAAGAUAACACGAAUGUCGAGGUCGUCCAGACUAUGGUCUUCGGUAGGAAGUUUUCGUUACACUGCCGUUUAACAUGUCUGCCGGAUACCAAGCAUCUACUCAUGGCUGUGGCGUUAGAGGAUUCCUCCGUCGUGCUGUGUACCGCAAACGAAGUGGAGUUGAAUUUCGUGACAGUGCAGAGUUUGUCGGGACACCAAGACUGGGUAAAAUGUAUGGACUUUUGUCACGACGACGAUGAUGGAAGUAUCUUCCUUGCGACAGGUUCGGAAGAUAUUACGAUACGAUUGUGGAAAAUUAGCAAAGCCAUCGCCACAUCGUCGAACGACGAGCUCGUGCAGAAGAGGGAAAUUUUUACGAUUGACGAUAUAGAAUACAGCGUUACUUUGGAGACCCUCCUUUACGGUCACGAAAGCUGGGUUUACGGAGUACACUGGCGGCCCAUAAAGCGAGAGAAGAGUGACGAUUGUCGAUCGAUGAGACGACUGCUGUCUUCUUCUUUCGACAAAUCCAUGAUUAUAUGGAAGCUGGAUGACACCACUGGUAUUUGGACGGAAGAAGUACGUGUCGGGGAAGUCGGUGGCAAUUCCCUGGGUUUCUACGGUUGCAAGUUCGGCCCAGAUGGACUGCGCAUGUUAGGAUACGAUUAUCAGGGCUCUUUUCACAUCUGGAAGUAUUCUCAGGAGAUCGCGAAAUGGCUCCCACAAUCUGCACCCAGUGGUCAUUUUUCUGAAGUAGUAGACUUAUGCUGGGAACCUAAAGGAAGGUUUCUCCUGACAGCUAGCACGGACAAAACCACGAGAAUUCACGCGCCAUGGAAGGACGACCUCGAGGAACACUGGCACGAGAUCGCGCGUCCUCAGGUUCACGGACACGAUAUGUCGUGUCUGGUUAUGUUGGCGCCGUAUAUAUAUGCUUCCGGAGCGGAGGAGAAGGUGGUGCGCGUUUUCACAGCCACGUCGGCGUUCAGAGAUCGCUUAAGGUUGCUGGCAGACGUGGAAGAUUUCAAGUUUAUAGCGGCUCGUGGAGCUGCCGUAUCCUCCCUUGGAUUGACGAACAAGGCGACGUUCGAUGGGGAGGUCAUCGAGUGCGAGAAUGCAGAGAAUUCAACGGCAAAUUACUGCGAGUACGAAACACUCACGGAAGAGAAACUGACGCAAAAUACACUUUGGCCGGAAUUGCAGAAGCUUUACGGACACGGCUAUGAGAUAUUUUGCAUGGCAGCGCGUCACGACGGAUGCUUACUGGCUACAGCGUGCAAAUCGACCAAUUUGGAACAUGCGGCGAUCAUAUUGUGGAGCACCACCACAUGGUCGCAGGUGCAGAGAUUGGUGUCGCAUCAGCUGACCGUAACGCAAAUGGAAUUCUCACCGAACGACAAGUAUCUAUUAUCUGUCUCCAGAGAUAGGAAAUGGUCGCUCUUCAAGAACCAUGAUGGAGGUUACGCGUUACUUGCGACCAGCUCGAAAAACGACAGUCCGCAUUCGCGAAUAAUCUGGUGUUGCGCCUGGACGCGAGAUUCGAAUUACUUUGCAACCGGAUCCAGAGACGGGAAAGUCGGCAUUUGGUCAGUGAGGACGGAAGAGGACAAUAUUAACGUCGUUCGAGAGACGACCCUAGAUACACAGAACCGAUCGGUUACAGCCGUGUGUUUUGCUCCAAGCUUCGUCGCGCAAGGGUCUUACGUUCUGGCGGUCGGAUACGAAAUUGGACACAUAGACAUUUAUACAUUAACUGUGCAUCCCAAGGUUGUCAAAUUGGCAAAAUUGGUCAUCUAUGAUACUUCUGAAGCUCACCAUUUGACCGUGAAGAGACUUAAGUUCCAACCUAGCAACGAACAGUCAUCCAACAUAUUACGAUUGGCGAGUUGCAGUUCCGAUCAUAUCGUUAAGAUACGAGAUAUAGAUAUAGAUCGUGGUUAUUAAAGGCAUAGUUUUCACACUGCAUCGAAAUUGCAAUAAAUGUCUACUUGGUUCUAUUGUGUUACUUGUCACAAUCUUAUGGAAAGUCCAAUAGAAGGUUACUUAUUUUCAUA